AAAAUGAAUUUACGUAGUCCGUGAGUGAGCGAAGAAGGAAAAUUGACCUAUGUGUAAAUAUUUAAGCGAAAAAACCUGAUCUUUGAGUAGUCUGCGCUAGAAUCAGUUGUCCUUUAGCUGCAUAAUUCAUUGUGAGUUAAUCAGUCCAUCGGAAGAGCAUGGGUAACGCAGGUAGUAACCUUCCCCGGGAGCGCCAUAAGUCAGGCUCGCACGAUCCCAUUCCGGGGUCUCCACUCAAGGACGGUCAGGCUUUCGUGUUCGAUAAGAAACCGGACCCAAAUCAUCGGUUAGUUUUCCAGCGUAGCGAGGAGGAAGCCGAGCCGUACUAUUCUAAAUCCGUUCCGGAGCCAGAGUUUUUGCGUGAGCACCGCAAACGUUCGAACACCGUGUCGGAGGAUUCGGCGCUGCAGUCGGAGGACGAAGGCAAAGAGGAUCGGAAGGCGGCUCUGCCGACUGUUUUCAAGUGGGAGGGAGGAGGCAAGCAGGUGUACAUUAGUGGCACCUUCUCCGAGUGGAAAGCCUUACCGAUGGUCAAGAGUCAUGGUGAUUUUGUGACGAUUAUAGAUCUUCCGGAAGGGGAUCAUCAGUACAAGUUUUGCGUUGAUGGCGAGUGGAAGCAUGAUCCCCGAUUGAAAAACAUCGAAAACGAUGUAGGCACCAAAAACAACUUGGUAUCUGUUCGUCAGUCCGACUUUGAAGUGUUUCAAGCACUCGCUAAGGACAGUGAAGAUACCGGCAAGGAUGAAACCAAAGAGUACAGUCAAGAUAUACCGACGAGCAAGCCAUGGGGAAAGGAGUCGGGACCUCCGGUUCUUCCACCACAUUUACUACAGGUUAUUCUAAAUAAGGACACACCACUAUCGUGUGAGCCUACGCUGCUACCGGAACCGAACCACGUUAUGCUGAACCACUUGUACGCGCUUUCCAUUAAGGACGGGGUGAUGGUUUUGAGUGCAACCCAUCGCUACCGGAAGAAGUACGUUACCACGCUAUUGUACAAACCUAUCUAACCAGUGUAACGAUUUGCCUAUAUAAUUUUAUCCCCUCAAUUUGCUUGUCUUGUCCCAUACCUACAGUUAAUGGGAAACUUUUUAAUUCUGUUGUAUCUUUUGAGCGGGUUCUAACAGUCGUACUGCUAGACGAAUUGGUUUGAUCCAUUUUGAAAUGAAUGUAUGUAUGUAACGUAUUUUCGUAGAAUGUAGGUAAAGUUUUAUGAUGAAUCAGAAUAUUAGUUAUGUAUAAAAAGUGAGAGACAUGCAUACUGUUGAUAACGAAUAUAAUAACGCAGAGUGUAGUGAGCUCUGACAUAGAUGUAGGUAAUCGCAUGUGUCUCAUGUUAGUUAUAACUACAAAUUUGAGAUAGUUUCAAUAAAAUGUUUUUCU